AUGGUUUUUAAAACACUAUUGAAGAAUUUUGCUCAAAAAGUUUCGGGCAUCGGAGCAAGUAGUUCGGGCAAUGGAGGUUAUUCCCGUGAAAUGGAAAUGAAAUUUGAAGCGAUUGAGUUAAAUCAAUUUCCAACGAAGGUAGUCAAGUUUAGUUCGCAAUACAAUGACACUGGAGUACCACUGGAUGAUGACACUGUUGCCAUUCCUGCCUGGGCUGCUAAGAAUGUUUGCAAAGGAAUUUCCUCAUAUCCUCAUUAUGGAGAUAGCGGUUCUGCAUGGUGUCCUGCUAGUAUGAAUGGAAAUGAGUGGAUUGUUGUAGAAUAUGAAACUCCAGUAUUGGUCACUGAAGUACAUGUCUAUGAGGUUUUAGGAUGUGGAUCAACUUCGAAAAUUUCUGCGUUAGUUUAUGAAGAAGAAAAUGUUUCGUCUUCAGAGGAAUGGAUUGUGUUAUGGGAAGAUUCAAAUGUUGUCACAUCCUCGACAGGAGCUACAACAAGGGACUUUAAUCCUGCAUUGAGGAAUUGUGCUCUUACUAAGAGAAUUAGAGUUGAUUUACAUAUCACAAAUGCCUGGAGUGAGAUUGACACAAUUAAACUGGUGGGACUAUUCGAACCAGUGAAACCAGUCAUGUCGACAUUGGGAGAGGAGUACUCGUUGCUAUUGACAAAGGCAACCGAAAUGAAUACAUAUUCAGAUGUAACUCUUUCUCUUAAGAGUGACACUUCAAAACAAAUACCAGCUCAUAAGGGGCUCUUGGCUUCACGAUCUUCCUAUUGGAACCUAUUACUUACUGAAUGUGGAGAUUCAUUGGAAUUAGAUUAUAAGGUGUCAUUUGACUCAUUGUAUCAAGGUGUUUUAUUCUGCUAUAGUAAUUAUUGUACCAUUACAGAAGAUAAUUUGUUUGAAAUUUUAGAAUUGGCUCAGAUCUGGAAAUUGGAAGCACUCACACAGUUUUGUAAAGAAAGCUUAGCCAUUAUGCUUUCUCCAGCCAACGUUUUGGACUUCUACAAGAAAACAAAAGAACGUAAUGCAUCUCCACUGACAAAUCAAAUUAUAUCGGUUAUGGCAAAACAUUCAGAUAGACUGAAAUAUGUGAAUUAUGAAUCAGUUUUUACUCCUGAUGACUUGAAUACCUUAAAGAAAUUAAUCAAACAAAAAUAA